CGCAUAUGUGUUCAAGGAGAGCGCUAAUCUAAAUUGCCUUUCUAGGAGCUCAAGUGGAAUAUUCAACAGCAGCAAGAUGUCGAUUAGACGGGCAAUGUCAAGCUCAGGCUCAAGCUCAAGCGCCGCCGAAUGGCGCAAUUACUUUCUGAGCACCCACUUUUGGGGACCGGUUGCCAAUUGGGGCAUCCCGAUAGCUGCCAUUGCGGACACAUCUAAACAUCCAAAAUUCAUCUCUGGCAGAAUGACCUUUGCCCUGACCCUGUACUCGUGUAUUUUCAUGCGUUUCGCCUACAAAGUGCAGCCUCGUAAUUGGCUGCUCUUCGCUUGUCAUGCAACGAAUGCUUCGGCGCAGGCCUUCCAAGGCAUACGCUAUCUCAAAUACACGUACUCCAACGAAUCAUCUGCGUAGGGUGUUAGGUAAGCACCUGUCCCAGCGAGCGCCCGAUGUCACUCUCUAAAUAUUUGAACAACAAUGAUGACACCAACGGUUGCAAUUUAUCGCGAACACGCAACUGACCGAACGUAAUCGCUCGACCACCAUCCCAGCCCCCGUCAAAUUGGCUGAAUCUCAUUGAGGAAUGCCACCGAUUUAUUGUUCACGUGUGCUCCACGGCCUCUGAGAGUGCAUCGCGCGCUAAUUGCUCAUUAGUUAGUGGUUUCUACACGGUUCUGGUUAUAGUUAUACUGUAUAUGAUUUUAACAUUUAAAAUUUAAUGUGCAAUAGACAAAUGAAAGAUUCGGCCAACAAUUGUAAGUGUAAAUCUGCCUAAAAUCUGUAUUGAAUAUAUUUUAUGAGGCUAAUGAAAU